GGUAUUGAAAAGAUGUAUGUAGAUUGUGAUGUAUCAAAAGGGCGAACUUGAUUGACGAAAACCUUUUGCAGGUUCGUUUAAAGCAAUAAGAGGAGUUGCUACACUGCUAUCCUGUACGACUGUUCACAAGCUGCUGUCAAUUCCCACAUCAGCCUCACAAGAUGGCCGCUCUCACCAUCACGCUCUGCCUUGCGCUAUUUGGAGCCGUUUUGGGCCAAGACUGCGGUCAGAGUCAGUUUUACCCAGAAGGAAGAAUCAUUGGCGGAGUCCCAGCCUCAGCAUGCAGUGUUCCGUGGCACGCACAUGUCCAUUUUGUCACGGACAACAAAAAUCCCCCUUUGAACCCUUACGGACUCAAUGCCAUCAACACCCUCAACUGUGGUGCAGUCAUCAUUGACGAGCUGCAUGUGAUGAUAUCGCCAACGUGCAUGUUCCUGUAUGGAACAAAUGUGCAGAAUCUUCUCGCGAGGGUACUGAUCGCAGCUGGAGAUAAUGACGUCAGCAUCUAUCCAGAAACCUCCACUCUAGGCUUCACCCAGGAACAGUUCCGUAUUCCGGAAGCCAUUUACUUCCAGGACGAGUACACCAUUAGAAACCAGGCGGCCCUUUUCGCAUCCAUCAACCCGAAUAUUGAAGAAUUCAAAGCAUUUAGAGAUAACCAGUGUGGGAUAAUAAAGGUGACCGAACCGUUCGUCAUGAACCAGUGCGUCAACAAAUUAUGUUUGCCCACAGCGUCUGACUCUGCCUGUACUUACAAGGGAUGUAUACACACUGGGAACGGUCUUCGCACACAAACAUUACCCACUUCAGAGCCAACAAGGAACAACCAGACCGACAUUAUCCGCAUGACCGCUCUACCCCCUGCUGCUUGUGCUGUGCUGGAGGCCAUGGGAAAAGCCCUCCCUGCAAACGGGGGUCUCUGUGCCAAGUCGGAGACCGGUGGAGUCCCAUGCAUUAAUGACAAUGGUGGUGGGCUCGCAUGCUUCAACACCGACACCCAACGCUGGUUCCUCCAGGGCACUGCUCUCGUCGACAACUGCAACGCAGCAUCGGCCUCAAGUUUCGCUGAUAUCUCUCAAUGUCUUACCUUCAUAAACGACACAUUGAACGGACGCACUGCUCCCGCUGUGUAAAGGACAACAACCUCAAAUGACGACCUAUUACAGUGACUAGACUCAAAGCCAGUUAUGAUGCAAUAAAUAUGUUAUUUUGUCAAA